AUGAAAGGGGAAAACGCGCAAACCAACCCCUUCCCUCGUCAUUUGCGUCGCGUUGCUCUUCUCAGGGGGAAGAAAGUCGGCGAGGGCGCCGGCAAGAGCAGGGUAGACCCGAAGUCCUUGAAGGAGGAGUCGGAGGCCGAAAGGGCGAAAGCCGCCGCGGCGCUAUGGGAGGCCAGGUUGGAGGUAACGGAGAUCUCCCGCAAAGAGCACCGCGAGGCUGCUCGCCGCCUCGCCCGGAACAACGAAGAGCUGGAACGGCAGCGGCGGCGGCUGGAGAAAGACAUGGUCGACGUGGUCUCCUGCCUGAAGAAGCAAGACGCGGAGAAGGAAGACCUGAUUGAGAAGCUGAAACAGCAAGUGAAUGAAUUGAAGCUCAGAGCAAAAGAGGAAAGUGAACAAGCGGCAGAACAAUUUGCUAAACAGUUAGAAGAGAUGGAGGCGAAAUUUCAUCGAAAGGCUAAGGAAAUUGGUCUAAUUCAGAUUGAACUUAAGAUGAUCAAAGAAUUUCGCAAAAAGAAAGCACUUUUGGAGAAAGAAUUAGAAGAUCUGAAAGAUACCUUGGAUAUCACAAAAAAAGAACAUCAGGAAACUAUUAGUAUGUUGGAGAAAAAGUUCAUUGAAGAAAAGCAACGUCUGGAAAGAGAAGCAGAGAAGAAGAUUAUAAUGCUGGCUGAAAGAGCCCAUCAUGAAGCUAUUGCACAGUUGGAUAAUGCUGGACGAGCAGUUUUUACAGAGAAUGUUCGUCUUCAAGAGGCUGUUGGUUAUCACAUGAAAGAGACAGAAGAGUUAGAAAAAGUCAAGGAAAAAUUGGAGAAAAACAAUGCCUCUCUCUUGCAGGAAAAGGAAACCAAAGAUCUUUUAAUUAAGAAGAAGAUUCUCCAAAUUACUCAGCAGAAAGCACUAAUCCAGGAGCUUCAAAACAAGGUUAAAAAACUAGAAGAAGCAGUUAAUUAUAUGGCUGGAGAAUUUAAAAUAGAAAUAAAAAAAACAAAAGAGAAGGCUUUGAUACGGAACCAAGCAGGUCAGACAGAAAUCGAAAAGCUGGAGCAGCUGCUGGAAAUGAAAGAAAAAGAAAUGAGUAGAGUGAAGAAAUUAGCCAGGAACAUUUUGAAUGAAAGGACAGAAGUGGAGAAAUUCUUCUUAGAUGCUCUGGAGCAAGUCAGACAAGAGAUUAUAAGCAGCCGGAAGUGUUACAAGCAAGUGGCUCAAGCCGCCUAUCAAAGGAAAAUGAUGGCAGCAUUUGCAGGGAAAGAGGAAUACCCCAAAAUCAGAACAUUUAAUGACAAUGCACAUAGCACAAAUAGCGUGCAAAUGGACCUUUUGGAAGCAGAGAAAUGGACAAAUAUUCAGAAUGGGAAGGUGGACAUUUCUGAACUGACCUGGGAGCAGAAGGAAAGAGUAUUGAGGUUACUGUUUGCAAAAAUGAAUGGCUUAAGACACAGGAAAUACAGUCAAGUUUUGGUUCCAGUAACACCAACCAAUUUUAAUUUUGCAGAAACAAAGGCAUCUGAAGGUGAUACUGUUCCUGUUUAUGCUUUCAUCACUCAGCAGGCACCACUAUCUGAAUCAUCUCAUAAAUCAUCACCCCUCCCAGAUAUUCAUUUUAUACCACCCGAGUAGAUUAGCAUGGAUACUGAUCACAGACUGCUGAAAUUAUAAUUCUUCUUUUCUCAACAUUUACGCAGAUGUGUAAGGCUAAUCAUGCUGCAGCAAUGAAAGCACUGUUUUUGUGCAUUACAAUUUGCUUUACAUCAGGUCAACUUGAAAGAUAACAGAUUGUUUCUUUAAAGAAAUAAUUGGUGGUUUUCUUCAAAAAGUAGAUGUCUACACAUUAAUUCAUUUGUUUAAGAAGUUAUUUGAAAGGUUGUGUAUUCUUGAAUAAAAUUGAU